UCUGGAUGUACGAGGGUGCGUCAGAGUCAACUGUCUCCCCUUUUCAGUGUCUAAGCUUCACAAAAAAGAGCCACACGUCUCAAUGUCCGACGGGCUAUGACAACGUCACUACUUCUCCGCCCGCGCUGGAUUGACCCGGUCAUGUUUCUCUAUGAUAACGGUGGCGGUUUAGACGACACCAGCAAAAAUAUGGAAGGGUUCACAGGAGGUAACUUCUCGCCAAGCCCGUGCAGGAAUUUGAUGUCUCACCCUGCCUCUCUUGCGCCCAGUGCUACUUAUCCGUCCAGCGAAGUGGCUGCUGCUGCAGCGGGUGAUUCUGGAAAGCAAUGCAGCCCCUGCUCAGCCGUUCAAGGUUCAGCCAGCGCCUCAAUUUCCUAUGGAUAUUUCGGAGGCGGUGGAUACUAUCCUUGCCGAAUGUCCCACCACCAUGGGAGUGGUGGAGGUGUAAAGACAUGCGCCCAGUCCCCUGCCUCUGGUUCACCUUACGGAGAAAAAUACAUGGACACAUCAGCUUCUACAGGCGAAGAUUAUACCAGCUCACGCGCCAAGGAGUUUGCCUUGUACUCAAGCUACGCCUCAAGUCCAUAUCAACCAGUUCCGAGCUAUCUGGAUGUUCCAGUAGUCCAGGCAAUAAGCGGGCCUUCGGAGCCCCGACAUGAGUCUUUACUGCCGAUGGAGAGUUACCAACCGUGGGCAAUCACAACCAGUGGAUGGAACGGACAGGUCUACUGCACCAAAGAGCAGCAACAAACGGGAAACGUGUGGAAGUCGUCAAUACCAGAGUCAGUAUCCCAUGGAGGGGCAGACGGCAGCUCCUUCCGCCGCGGAAGGAAGAAACGUGUUCCAUAUACCAAGGUGCAGCUGAAGGAGCUUGAACGGGAGUAUGCCACUAACAAGUUUAUCACCAAGGACAAACGCAGACGGAUAUCCGCUCAGACCAACCUAUCUGAACGACAGGUCACUAUCUGGUUCCAAAACCGACGGGUAAAGGAGAAAAAAGUUGUCAACAAAUUAAAAAGUAGCAGUUAGCUUUGCUCUGUGUAAAUGUAAGGGAACUAUUUUUUUAACAAUGAUGCCCCCAAAUACACACAGAGAGAGAGAGAGAGAAAGAGAGAGAGCUAUGAAAGUAUAGACGUUUAACGAAUAUGUGUUUCCUUGGACUACUGCUUUUGAAGUGGCCACUUUGGAUCGCACAGGGUUGAUGGUGACGCGGUGCGUCAUUUCUGCACUUCAGUGCAUGGCCAUAUUCCCAACUCAGGGCAAAAACGGCCAAAGGAUGAGUUGUUUGAUGAGAUUUAGUCACUGCUCAACAAAAUAUCUCAUAAAGAAUAAUACAUUGGAUGUGUAAAUGUUGAAACCGUAAUUCUUUACGGUGUGGUACGAUUUUUCUUUCACCACUCCCAUGGUCGAUUAGAAUCAAAAUUAUGCUUUGCUUGAAAUUCAAGUUCAUGAGAUUUCGUGGAAUAUUUGAUGUGGAGCCUGCAGUUUAUCAGUCACGUGUACAUAUCAGUGACAUGUACAAUCUUUGGCUAUAUUUGUGCAAAACAGGCCGUGAAUACUAUAAAAUGGCUGUUCCUGUAAAAGAGUGUUUUAUUUUAUUUUUAUUUUUUUCGUUGUAUAGUGUUUGCAAAAUCCCUCUUAAUAAACUCUAAUUGAAACAAAA